AUGCUGCUGUUCUGCUUCCUCGUGCUGCUGGCCGCGUUCAGGCCUGUGCAGGGUGUGUGGAACACCUGCGAAGGGAGCUGUGGGCUCCGGCCCUUGACUUCUGAUGCUGAGCGAGGCAUGACACGCGUCGUGGGUGGCAAAAGUGCUGAGUCAGGGGCCUGGCCCUGGCUUGUCAGCAUCCAAGAUCCCUCGGUUUCAGGCACGGGGCAUCUGUGUGGAGGGUCCCUCAUCAGCACACAGUGGGGCCUCACAGCAGCCCACUGCUUUGCUGAGUCCAGGAACAUCAGCGCCAUGCGCCUGGUGAUCGGGGCCACCCAGCUGACUGAGCCGGGCCCUGAGGCCCAGGUGCGCCUGAUUAAGCGGCUGCUGAUUCACAAGGAGUACGGUCCUGCCGACCAGAGCAACGACAUCGCGCUGCUGGAACUCAACGAGCCUGUCCAGUGCAGCCCCUACAUCCAGCUGGUCUGCGUGCCCAACGCCACGCUGAACGUGGCACAGCUGGAAACCUGCUAUGUCGCUGGCUGGGGUGCCACCACUGCAAGAUCUCAACAAUCAAGUGAUGUCCUGCAGGAGGCCAAGGUCCACCUUAUCAAUGUCCAGGUCUGCAACAGCAGUGAGUGGUACCAGGGGGAUGUCCAUACCCACAACUUGUGUGCUGGCUACCCAGAGGGUGGCAUCGACACCUGCCAGGGUGACAGUGGGGGUCCACUCAUGUGCCAAGACAACAGCGCUGACUUCUUCUGGCUUGUCGGAGUGACCAGUUGGGGAAGAGGCUGCGCCAGAGCAAAACGGCCUGGAAUAUACACUUCUGUUCAGCACUUCUAUGACUGGAUUCUGGUCCAGAUGGAACUGCUUCCACAAGUAGAGGCUUCUCGGUCAUGGAGUCAUUAUCCAACCACCUCACAACCGUGGAUUCAUCAUACAAAUGCCCCAUGGCCCACUCAGAAGCCAUGGCCAAGACCACCUCCCACUCAGAAGCCAUGGCCGAGACCACCUCCCACUUAUAAGCCAUGGCCAACAACACUGCCUGCUCCAAAGCCAUGGCCAACAACACUGCCCACUCCAAAGCCAUGGCCAACAACACUGCCCACUCCAAAGCCAUGGCCAACAACACUGCCCCCUCCAAAGCCAUGGCCACCAACACUGCCCACUUCUAAGCCAUGGCCAAAACCAACCCCCACUCAGAAGCCAAGUUCGAUACCCGCACCAGUGGAAGAGAUUAAGACCUGCCCAUUUCCACUCAAGAAGCUGAUGGAAUUCUUCACUCAGAUGCGGGACCUCCUGAAGAACCUACAGGGAAUUGCAGGUUGA